CAACCGUUCGAUUCUCUCUCGCGCGCGAGUCGUCGUAGCUUAUCCCUCCAGUGAAGAAAAACGCCAGUGGUUAACUGCGCACCCGGCGCCCGUUACAGUCCCUGUCAAAAAAAUUCCAAUCCAAAAGUUCUCUUCAUUUCAUCCCAGAGAGAGAGAGAGAGAGAGAGCGGCAAAACCCUCGUUCUGGAGCUUCUUUAAAGAUAGACUUGUCAUUUGAUUGGUGGUGUGGCUUGCUGCAACAAAAAUUUCUUGUCCAUCAAGAUGGGUUCCGAUGAUUUUAUUGACCUCUGUUCACCUGGAGUUUCUGAUGAUGGAAAUGAAAACAAUGGGCUUUAUGAUCCAAACUCUGGGUCACGUGAAGUUGAUUUUAAACUCAGUGCUUCAGAGGUUAAAGUUUGCAUUCCCAAUGGGGAGAAGGUGGAGCAACCUGAGGUUGAAGAUGACAUUCCCAGCAAGGAGAACUUGGAGCAAUCUGAAGUUUGCUGUGGAAGUGAAGAUAAACAACAUUUGCAGACAAUGGAUCUUGAUAGCAAUUUGGACCCCGAUCGAACGAAUCUGAAAGAGAGCAUUGAAUUGGCGGCAUCUGUUACAACAGUGGAUGAGAUGAUUGAAGUAAAAUCUGGACCGGGUAGUGAAAAUGGCGGGACUGUUGUCCUCAAUGAUAAUACUGUCUGCAAUGAUGAGAUAGUUGUAAACCAUACAUCAGGUGUUAAGAGAGCUCGAAUGACAUGUGAUGACCAGCAACCAUCUGUACGUGUCAUUUAUAAUUCCUUGACAAGAGGUAGCAAAAGGAAGCUAGAGGAGCUUAUGCAGCAGUGGUCUGAGUGGCAUGCUCAAAAAGUUUCUUCGUCCAAUGAUCUUUCAAAGGAAGGCUUAGAGAAUGGUGAAGAGACUUUCUUUCCAGCACUAAAUGUUGGCCCACAGAAGUCUUCCACAGUGUCAUUUUGGAUGGACUUCCAAGGACGGAUAGAUCAAAACAAGGAUGUUGACUCCACACCUCUUUAUGAUCGUGGUUAUGCUGCUUUUGGUUUGGCUUCACUUGAUGGUUCACCUAAUCUUGACAGAGGGAUGGAAAAAUUUGAAGCUUCUCGCUGUUUCAAUUGUGGUUCAUACAACCAUUCGCUGAAAGAGUGCCCAAAGCCUCGUGAUAAUGUUGCUGUCAACAAUGCUCGCAAACAACACAACUCCAAACGUAAUCCAACUUCUGGUCCUCGUCUCCCAACUCGGUAUUAUCAAAAUUCUCCUGGUGGGAAGUUUGAGGGCUUAAGACCAGGUGUCCUUGGGGCUGAAACAAGACAAUGCUUGGGCAUUGGGGAGCUUGAUCCACCUCCUUGGCUUAACCGUAUGCGCGAAAUUGGAUACCCACCAGGAUAUCUAGAUUCAGAUGCUCAAGAUCAGCCUUCAGGAAUAACGAUAUUUGCUGAUGAGGAAACAAAGGAAGAACACGAGGAUGGUGAAAUCCUGGAAGCAGCUGAGCCAGAGCCACCAGAGAAGAAGAAGACCAUUGAGUUCCCAGGGGUAAAUGCCCCAAUCCCGGAGAAUGCAGACCAAAGACGUUGGGCAGCCUCACCUGGUCCUACUAGCUCGGAUUCAUAUAGGAACCGGUCACAUGGCAGGUCAAACCGUCCAUCAGAUGGCAGUAGAGGGCACUACCGCGACCAAAGACGGUCAAGGGAUUACAGAGACGUGGCCCCUCCAGGUGUUGACCCCAGAGCUGAUCACUCCAUGUCCAGCCACGGACAGAGAUACGGCGGUUAUGAUUCCAACUACCCGAUCGAGUCUCUGAGUCCAAGAGGUAAUAAUUCGAUACCAAUAAGUCCAAGUCUAGGGAGAUCUCAAUCUGAUAGAGGAUGGCGAGGCCCAUUGGUCCAUGAAGGUUCGCCUACUCAUAGCCCUCAUGGUACUUUGAUGCACUCAUCCUCGAGCUUAACCAGGCAUUCACCGUAUAAUUACAGUCCUGCUGGUUUUGAGGAUCGGGCACCAGAGAGCCAGCAUAACUCGAGCUCUGAUUUGCCGUCUCAAAGAAAGGACAGGCAUGACAGCCGCUAUCAUCAUAGGAAGUGAACUCGGUGGAAGAGGCCAAAUUCAUGGGCCAGUAACUUGUAAGAAUGGAUUGACGGAUGUGAGUUUCAUAAUCCAAGCUGAUCAAUGUAGAUGCGCCAGCUUGUAAAGUAAUUGAAGGCCCUUCAUAGCUGUACCUGCUGUAUGUUGUUACUGUUGUGUGUGAAGGAUGCUCAAUCAUAUGCUUGGAUCUGAGUCUCUUCUGAAUUGGUAAAUUAACAGGCUUAAGUUUUCAUA